UGGCGCAGCGGCGCGCACGCCGCCCCCGGGAAAGCGGGGCGCGCAGCGAGCCCCUGCGCCCAGCGGGCGACCGAGGGGCCCGCAGGGGGGGGCGCGCACAAACGCGCACUCGCACACCGACACCGACGGAGGCUGGCUGGCUGGCUCGCGCACACAGGCGCGCACACGCGCGCGCACACACGCAGCGGCAGAGACGCGCUCUCGCACCCUCCGUAGUCCCUGCGCGCCCGGCGUUCACACCGCGCCCCGACAUCGGCAGCCAAGGACCCCCCCGCCGCUGUCCGGCCAUUAGUGCCUGAGGGGGGAGGAGGAGGGAGGAAAGAGGAAUAAGUCUAUUAGUAAUAACAACAACAACAAAACCCACCAACAAAUCUGCACUAGCGCCUUAGUCCUCCUCUCAGACCGCCGCCUGCCUGGCAUCGCCGCUCAUCGGGCUUCUGUGCUGAGACUUUGUUUCAAGUAAAAAAAAAAAAGCCAACAAAAAAACCCUUCGCUUGCUCAGCCACUUCCAUUUUUUUCCCCUGCAGUCUCGCUGAUUAGAGGUGGUUUUCUUUUUUUCUUUUCUUUCCCUUCGUGUGGUUGGAUUUGGUGGAUCCGGAGCCAAAGCUGCUUUUUUUUCCUCGGUGGGGUGUGUGCGUGGCGUUGAGGGGGUUUUGUCGCUGCGUUUUUUAUCUUCUGCUUCUUUUUUAAAUCUUGGUUUUGAACCUGAGCCGGGGAAAAUGGGAAACGGUGCUUCCGACAGAAGGGGAAUCUCUCCAUCACUGUUGUUGGGACGUGUGCCUGUGGUGCUAGUGGUUUAGAGAAAUAGCCUGACAGCUUUCGGAGUGGAAGAUUAUAAAAUUAAUCCCUUUUGCUGGGUGAAAUUCCUAAUUUAGACACUUAUUGCCACAUUGGCUUUCAACACCUACACCAUCCUGAAUAACACUGCGCAGAACUGCAUUGCCUGCAAAGUGCUUCAGCAAAGGGGAAAUUGUUUCCAGAAUUCCUGAUAAGUUGCACUUUUAAAAAACCUUAAAUGCUGUACUGACCCGAUUUGGAGAAGGAGAACCAUGCUAUUCAUUGAGAUGGAAGCUCAGAAAUGAGAAAAUCUGACUGUGUGGAUAGACUCAGCAGCAGCUCUGCCUUUUUUUUUUUUUUUUUUAACCUCCACUAUAAAGAGGGUUAGAGUUGGUGAUGCUUUGCCAAUUUCAAGAUUCAGAGUUUGAAUUACAAUCUAGGAGACAGAAAAAUCUCUUCAAGGGAGCUUAAUCCGGUGAUUUGCUGUGUGUUACGCAAUGGGAGAUAGAAGAUGCCUUGCUGUUUGAUGAGGAGAUGAAAAGCUAGGCAAAGACACACAUCAAAACUCAGUGCCUGUGUAUGUCUGUCUCAGCUUACGGAACAACAGUGGAAGAGACUGCAAUCUAGAGAGUUUUGAAAUUAGCUUGGUAUCACUUCUGUCUGCUUGCAUUUGACAGCAGAAAGUGAAAAGCUACUAUUUUUUAAGAGAUAAGCAACGUCUCAAAGCUUAAUUCUGAAAACGUUCAAUUUGAAUUUUUUGGAUAGCAUUACAAGGGUAAAUAUAACUAAGGUUUGAUUUAUUAACCUAGGCCACUGUUAAGAGAACAGACCAUGUGGACACUGUAAUGGUUGACAGGUGCAGUAAAACAGCUUUAUUUGGAGAUACUAGCAGAGAAAAUGUAAUAUGUCCUUCAUCAUUCAAGCGCACAUCUGCAAAACACAGCUAACCAGACUAUACAAGAUAUUUGUAAUAAGAGGGCAAGUGCAGCCCAAUAGAUGGAGAGAUACUGCUGUAGCACUGGCAGCUAUAUAGAGAUACUGGUUGUAGAUGCUAAAACAGUGAUCCAUUUUAUAUUUCCUGAGAGGCUGUAGCAGAUUGAAAUUAUUAUCUUAAAAAGCUGGCAUUUAUUGGUAGUCCAGGACUAGUCCAGACCAGAACUAGUUUCAUCUGUCUUUGUUUCUUUCUGCAACAGUCUCGAAAUUUUAUUAAUACAUUAAUCUCAGUAUUUCCUGCCUGGGCUUUCUUUCUAUAGAGACCUCUGUAUACCAGGUGGCCAGGGGGAAAGCAUGUAGGCAUAUGGGAGAUAAUGUUCCAUCUGUAACAAAUUAUAAUUUGUGCAUUUUUAAAUUAUGGCUGUAAUUCUUCACAGUUACUUCUCAGACUUAAUAGAAAAAUAAUAUGUAACAACAGAUGCUACUGGCUUUCUUGUCCUAAUCUAGAGAAAUUCUGCAUGUGCAUAUUGUAUAUGCACAUAUAUGACUAUAGCAGACUACUUAUUCACUUUUAAAAUAAAUUAAUAAAUGAAUUGUCCUUUUCCUGGUCUGCCGGGUAAGGUGUCUAGGUUUUUACCUAAGCUGAGCAGUUCUAGUCCACGCCAUGAUGACUACAUCUUAGACAGGAGAGGACAUUCCUAUUAAUAAUCUAAUAGAUGUUGGUUUUUAAUUUGACUGUAGGAGACUUGGCUGUUGCCAAGGCCACGUGAUGGCGCUGUGCACACAGCAGCAAACCCGUCCCUUGCGUUAUAAAAUAAAAAUUACCUGCCCUUCUUUCUGAAAGGGGCUCUAACUGCAAGCUUGAAAACAGCUGGCUCGAAUAUUGGAAGGAGUUUGGUUUUCAAUGCGUGAAGAAUUCUACUUGCAUUUUUAUUUCAUUUCAUCUCCUGCAGGCCAAAUGACAUAGGAUGAAGGCUGUUCGUAAUUUGCUGAUUUAUAUAUUUUCCACCUAUCUACUGGUUAUGUUUGGAUUUAAUGCUGCCCAAGACUUCUGGUGUUCCACGCUGGUGAAGGGGGUCAUUUAUGGAUCAUAUUCUGUAAGUGAAAUGUUUCCUAAAAACUUCACAAACUGCACUUGGACGCUGGAAAAUCCAGAUCCGACCAAAUAUAGUAUUUACCUGAAAUUUUCCAAAAAGGACUUCAGCUGCUCCAACUUUUCCCUUUUGGCUUAUCAGUUUGAUCAUUUUUCCCAUGAAAAAAUAAAGGAUCUUUUAAAAAAUAACCAUUCUAUAAUGCAGCUCUGCGAUUCCAAGAAUGCUUUUGUAUUUCUGCAGUAUGAUAAGAAUUUUAUUCAGAUACGCCGCGUCUAUCCUAUCGAUUUACCAGGAUUACACAAAAAAGAAGAAGACCAAAAAUCCUUCUUUGAGUUUUUGGUGUUGAACAAGGUGAGCCCAAGCCAGUUUGGGUGCCAUGUGUUAUGCACUUGGUUGGAGAGCUGCUUGAAAUCUGAGAACGGGAGAACCGAGUCCUGUGGGAUCAUGUAUACAAAAUGCACCUGUCCUCAGCAUUUGGGAGAAUGGGGAAUAGACGACCAGUCCCUGGUGUUGCUCAAUAAUGUGGUGCUGCCCCUCAACGAGCAGACGGAGGGCUGCCUGACCCAGGAGCUGCAAACCACCCAGGUCUGCAACCUCAGCAGAGAAGCUAAACGGCCACCGAAAGAAGAAUUUGGAAUGAUGGGAGAUCAUACAAUUAAAAGUCAGCGACCUCGAUCUGUUCAUGAGAAAAGGGUCCCUCAGGAACAAGCUGAUGCUGCUAAAUUUAUGGCACAAACUGAUGUUAUGGGAUUUAGAGAGUAUGAUACAGGUGAAUCUGGUGUUGAAGAGUGGGCCCAGUGGAGUACGUGUUCAGUUACUUGUGGUCAAGGGUCGCAGGUGCGAACCAGAACUUGUGUAUCACCUUACGGGACACACUGCAGCGGCCCUUUAAGAGAAUCAAGGGUUUGCAAUAACACUGCCCUCUGUCCAGUACAUGGCGUUUGGGAGGAAUGGUCACCUUGGAGUUUAUGUUCAUUCACAUGUGGUCGAGGCCAAAGAACUAGGACGAGGUCAUGUAUACCUCCCCAGUAUGGGGGAAGAUCAUGUGAUGGCCCGGAAACACAACAUAAACCUUGCAAUAUUGCACUCUGCCCUGUCGACGGACAGUGGCAGGAGUGGAGCUCGUGGAGCCAGUGCUCGGUGACCUGCUCCAACGGCACCCAGCAGCGCAGCCGGCAGUGCACGGCGGCGGCUCACGGCGGCUCCGAGUGCAGAGGGCCCUGGGCUGAGAGCCGGGAGUGCCACAACCCCGAGUGCACCGCAAAUGGCCAGUGGAACCAAUGGGGCCACUGGAGUGGCUGUUCCAAAUCCUGUGACGGCGGCUGGGAGAGGCGGAUAAGGAUCUGUCAAGGUGCUGCCAUGACCGGGCAACAGUGUGAAGGAACCGGAGAAGAAGUUAGAAGGUGCAGUGAACAGAGGUGUCCUGCACCUUAUGAAAUAUGUCCUGAAGACUAUUUGAUGUCAAUGGUGUGGAAGAGGACCCCAGCUGGGGACAUGGCAUUCAAUCGAUGUCCUCUCAAUGCCACAGGCACCACUAGCAGACGCUGCUCUCUCAGUGUUCAUGGAGUGGCCUUCUGGGAACAUCCAAGCUUUGCUAGAUGCAUAUCAAAUGAGUACAGACACUUGCAGCAUUCAAUUAAAGAGCACCUUGCGAAAGGACAGAGGACGUUGGCUGGUGAUGGCAUGUCCCAAGUAACAAAGACACUAUUGGAUCUAACUCAGAGGAAAAACUUUUACGCAGGGGACCUUCUUGUUUCUGUGGAAAUUCUCAGAAAUGUCACAGACACAUUUAAAAGAGCAAGUUAUAUCCCUGCAUCUGAUGGGGUGCAGAACUUCUUUCAAAUCAUUAGUAACCUCUUAGAUGAAGAAAACAAAGAGAAAUGGGAAGAUGCACAGCAGAUCUAUCCGGGCUCGGUGGAGUUAAUGCAGGUGAUUGAAGAUUUUAUACACAUUGUUGGAAUGGGAAUGAUGGACUUUCAGAAUUCAUACCUAAUGACUGGAAAUGUAGUGGCUAGCAUUCAGAAGCUUCCUGCUGCAUCUGUUUUAACCGACAUCAAUUUCCCCAUGAAAGGAAGAAAAGGAAUGGUUGAUUGGGCACGAAACUCAGAAGACAGGGUUGUCAUUCCAAAAAAUAUCUUCACCCCUAUGUCAACAGAACUAGAUGAAUCAACUGUAUUUGUACUUGGAGCAGUGCUAUAUAAAAAUUUAGAACUCAUCUUGCCCACCUUGAGGAAUUUUACAGUUGUUAAUUCAAAAAUCAUCGUUGUUACUAUACGACCCGAGCCCAAAACUACAGAUUCUUUCUUGGAGAUAGAACUGGCUCAUCUGUCAAAUGGCACAUUGAAUCCCUACUGUGUGCUGUGGGAUGAUUCAAGAACGAACGACUCUUUGGGAACCUGGUCCACCCAGGGAUGUAAAACUGUGCUUACCGAUGCAUCCCAUACGAAAUGCUUAUGUGAUCGUCUCUCUACCUUCGCCAUUUUGGCUCAGCAACCUAGAGAAAUAAUCAUGGAAUCAUCUGGUACACCCUCAGUGACCUUAAUAGUAGGCAGUGGUCUUUCAUGCUUGGCCUUGAUUACCCUGGCAGUUGUCUAUGCAGCACUAUGGAGGUACAUCAGAUCUGAGAGGUCAAUAAUUCUAAUCAAUUUCUGCCUGUCUAUCAUCUCAUCAAAUAUCCUUAUCCUGGUUGGACAAACUCAGACACAUAACAAGGGCAUCUGCACCACAACCACCGCAUUUUUACACUUCUUCUUCUUAGCUUCAUUCUGUUGGGUUUUGACAGAAGCGUGGCAGUCAUAUAUGGCUGUUACUGGAAAAAUUAGGACACGGCUCAUAAGGAAACGUUUCCUGUGCCUUGGAUGGGGUUUACCAGCAUUAGUGGUUGCAAUAUCAAUAGGCUUUACCAAGACAAAAGGAUAUGGAACAGCCCACUACUGUUGGCUGUCUCUUGAAGGAGGGCUUCUUUAUGCUUUCGUUGGACCUGCAGCUGCUGUUGUCUUGGUCAACAUGGUGAUUGGCAUUUUGGUAUUUAAUAAACUUGUUUCCAGAGAUGGAAUCCUAGAUAAAAAGCUCAAACACAGAGCGGGUCAGAUGAGUGAGCCUCAUAGCGGUUUGACGCUCAAAUGUGCCAAGUGUGGAGUAGUUUCAACAACAGCUUUGUCAGCCACCACCGCCAGUAAUGCCAUGGCAUCCCUUUGGAGUUCCUGUGUGGUAUUGCCACUUCUGGCCCUGACUUGGAUGUCUGCAGUUCUGGCCAUGACAGACAAAAGAUCAAUAUUAUUUCAGAUACUUUUUGCAGUAUUUGAUUCAUUGCAAGGCUUUGUUAUUGUCAUGGUCCAUUGUAUUCUCCGAAGGGAGGUUCAAGAUGCAUUCAGAUGUCGACUGAGAAAUUGCCAGGAUCCAAUCAACGCAGAUUCUUCAAGUUCUUUUCCUAACGGACAUGCUCAAAUCAUGACUGAUUUUGAAAAGGACGUGGACAUUGCUUGUCGGUCAGUUCUGCAUAAAGACAUUGGACCUUGCAGAGCAGCUACUAUAACAGGAACACUUUCUAGAAUUUCACUAAACGACGAAGAGGAGGAGAAGGGACCAAACCCUGAAGGAAUGAGCUAUUCUACCUUGCCUGGAAACAUCAUCUCCAAAGUCAUCAUCCAGCAACCAACAGGUCUCCAUAUGCCUAUGAGUAUGAGUGAACUGGCCAAUCAGUGCUUGAAAAAAGACAACAGUGAGUUGCGGAGGACUGUUUAUUUAUGCACUGAUGAUAAUUUGAGAGGUGCGGAUAUGGACAUAGUCCAUCCUCAAGAACGGAUGAUAGAAAGCGACUAUAUAGUCAUGCCCAGGGGCUCAGUAAAUACCCAGCCAUCAUUGAAAGAUGAGAGCAAGAUGAAUAUAGGCAUGGAUACGUUGCCUCAUGAAAGGCUGUUGCACUACAAAGUUAAUCCAGAGUUCAAUAUGAAUCCCUCUGUAAUGGACCAAUUUAAUAUUAAUUUAGACCAGCAUCUUCCCACCCAAGAACAUAUGCAGAAUUUACCAUUUGAGCCCCGCACAGCAGUGAAGAAUUUCAUUGCCUCAGAGCUGGAUGACAAUGCAGGAUUAUCAAGAAGUGAAACUGGAUCCACAAUAUCAAUGAGCUCUUUAGAGAGAAGAAAAUCACGUUAUUCGGACCUUGACUUUGAAAAGGUCAUGCAUACAAGAAAGAGGCACAUGGAAUUGUUUCAAGAGUUAAAUCAGAAAUUUCAGACGCUGGACAGAUUUCGGGAUGUACCAAAAUCAGGCAGCAUGGAGAACUCUGCUCCAAGCAAGGCUCCAUGGGACAGUUUCAAAACCCCAGGCGACUACCAACACUAUACAACGAUAAAUGUAUUAGACACAGAGGCAAAAGAUGCUUUAGAACUCAGACCAGCAGAAUGGGAGAAGUGUCUGAACUUGCCUUUAGAUGUGCAAGAAGGUGAUUUUCAAACAGAAGUUUAACAAAAAUGAAAACAAACUGAACAAAACAAAAACAAAAAAUAAUUUGUUGCACUGACAAUAAAGAGACUUUGGGAACCCUGACACUCCUGUCUGAACAUUGUGACUACUUUAUGUCAGGCUCUUCCUGUGCCAAAUGUCAGUGGCUUUUUUCGUACAGUAUAUUCCCACUAGAGCGGCUAGUGGAGAACCAGGUGUACAAUUCUUACCAUCGUGUGUUGUAAGUACCCGUGGAAUGGAUUUGUAAGGUAAUCUUUAUAGAUAAACCUCAAGCAACGAUUCAUGUUGUAACAGCUUCAUUUGGUUUAGUUUUCAAAAAACUUCACCAUGAAGCACAAUGUAUAUAUUUAUGCAGUUUUUAAAGUUUAUAACAGUCUGUUUGGCCAUUACUACACUUUUUACUUUAUAAUAUAAAAGCAAAGUUUUUGUCAUUAAAUGAAUGUCUGUUGAGCUACAUUCUUCAUUGCUUUAAAUGCAAUAAAGUAAUAAUCUCACUUUUAUAUGAAUAAUAUAUUUCACAUCUUUAUUAUUGCAGUUUUCUCUGGAAAGCUCAGAGUAGCUUUCUCUGCUGCAGCUGUGUAUAAAAUAUUUAAAAUGUUGUAUGGUGUAAAUAAACCUUUGUCUACA